AUGGGCAAAAAUCAUCGCAACAAGAACAAGGACAAGGAUCCGUACAGCGGCCCCGCAAAGAGCGGCCGACAUGAUUCGGAUUCGGAUGAAAGUGAGUCGUCGGCGUUCACCUACGACGAGGACAUGCAGUCAAUAAUGGGGACCGUCGAAGACUUGGAUGAUGUAUACGAUCAACUGGUAGACAAUUUGGAUAGAGCCCAGGAUAAAAAGUAAGCGUAAUCGAAGGAAUCCCCCUCAUUACUUUCUGUUUUCCAGCACGAAGAUAAGAAUAGACGGGCUCCAUCGGGUGAAUCUCGCGUUGACUGCCAAGCCAGUGCCCGAGUUCAUCAGCAGAAACAAAGAGACUUUGAUGUCUCUCUGCGAAAGAAUCGAAAACAAGCCGGACGGAGAGGCGCGCAUGCUCGCCACUCUCGUCGGGCUUGUCGUCGUUCAGGCCGGAGAAGAAAUCUCGGAUCUCAUCGCCGAGCCAAUGAAUCAGAUGAGAACAAUUCUGAUGGACGCAUCGAGAUGCGUCUUCCUCCGAAUCGCCUGCGCGAUUUCCCUGGUUAUUCUGACCAGGAUCGCAUGCAGCGAGGAUGAUGAGGUGGCCGCCAAUGUGAAGGCGUGCAGAUUCGCAUGGGCAACAACGAAGGCCACUAGCGCUUCGGCUAGCCUCAUCGGAACAUCGUUGGCUGCAUGGUGCAUCAUGCUUCUUGAUGCUGAUGCGGUCACAAUCAACGGAGCGAUCGCAGAUCAGCCGAAGGUCGUGACUCUUCUCGAUUCGGAUCAGCUUGAAGUCAGAUUGGCAGCCGCCGAAGCCCUCGCCUUCCUGCACGAAUUCAUGCAGGACACUCGUCCCGGAUUCCGUUUCCCGAACAAGGAACACGUGCUCGAACUGCUCGGAAGAAUGGCCGCCGACUCCUCGAAGAAGAAGGCGAAAAAGGACAGGAGAGCUCAGAGAUACGCAGUCAGAGACAUUCGCUUGUUCAUUGCCGACGAGAACGAUACUCUGGAAGUGUGCGUGAAGAUCGGACAGCAGACUCUAGAAUUGGAUUCGUGUGCCAUCAAAAUGUUCUACGACAUCACCUGUGAUCUUUUGCACGGAGGACUCGCCCAGCAAUUGCAAUACAACCCUGUUCUUCGUGACGUUUUCGAGCUGGGACCUGUUCCACUAGAGGUCGAAGGAAAGAUGAAUAAGCAGGCUAGGGUAAGGAGCAUUAGGCAAACAUUUUCUAUUUGAAAUAAUUUGUUUAUUUUCAGCUGGCAAUCCACGACGCGGCCGACAAGCAACGCAAGCAAGUGCGCGGAAAGCAGCGCGACAAGAGAUCCGCCGUCUACUAG